GGAGGAGAGAUUAACAUGGAGGUGAGAAAGAAGAGGAGUCGGAAUUCGGAGCAGGAAGGACAAGGCGAGAAAAGGAGAUGGAGUGAUGGAGAUUUAGAAGAGAAGAAGAAAAGCCUGGUGAAAAAGAAAACCAGUGAAGAUGGGGGCAGUAAAAGGAGAAGGAGAGAAAGAGAGCUGGAAGAGAAGAAGAAAAGCCCUAAAGAAAGGAAGACCAGUGGAGAUAGGAGCAAUAGCAGAAGGGGUGAUGGUGAUUUAGAAGAGAAGAAGAAAAGCCUGGUGAAAAAGAAGACCAGUGAAGAUGGGGGCAGGAGAAGGAGUGAAGGACAGAUAGAAAAGAGGAAAAGCCCCAUACAAAGGAAGAACUGUGGAGAUUGGAGCAAUAAUAGGAGUGAAGGUGAGUUAGAAGAUCAGAAGAAAAGUCAAAUGAAAAAGAUCAGUGUAGAUGGGGGCAGUAAAAGGAGAAGGAGUGAAGGACAGGUAAAAGAAAAGGAGAAAAGCCCCAUGGAAAGGAAGACCAGUGAAGAUGGGAGAAAUAAAAGGAGAAGGAGUGGAGAUGAGUUAGAAGAGCAGAAGAAACACCCCAUGGAAAAGAAGACCCGUCAAGAUGGGAGCAAUAAAAGCAGGAGGAGUGAAUUAAAAGACAAGGAGAAAAGCCCCAUAGAGAAGAGUGAAAAGUUACAGUUAGAAGAAAAGAAAAGUCAGUUGGAAAAGACCAGUGAAGGAGUGAAUAAGGAUCAAAAAUCAAGAAGUCCAGAGGAUCCCUUAGAAGGUGGAAGCGCAGCGAAGAAACUCUGUGUGGAUAUCAGCAGACCUGUCCCCCUGGAUAUUAAGAACUACAGGUUUUAUUCAGAGCUGGGAAAAGGAGGCUUUGGCCGGGUGAUGUUGGCUUCGUUUACACCGAAGAAGCAACUGGUAGCAGUAAAGAUCAUGCAGAAAAGUCCAGACAAGAACAACUUCAACAUCAUGAUGAAGGAGGCCCGAGUGCUGUCGGUCGCUAGAGGAAGCACAUUUUUAUGUCAUUCCUACGCAGCUUUUCAAUCAGAGCUGGAAUCCUUCUUCGUCCUGGAGUAUGCCAGCGGGAAAUCUUUAAUGCAAAUGAUUCUUCGCAAAGGAAAUCUGCCAAUGGCAAGAAUCAUGUUCUACACAGCGGAGAUGGUGGUUGCCCUCCAGUUCCUGCACUCUAAGGGCAUCAUUCAUCGUGACCUGAAACCUGACAACGUGUUGGUGGACAGAUACGGCCAUAUCAAGAUCUGCGACUUUGGCCUCGCCGCAGAGAACAUCUUCGACCAGACAAGAACCAACGGAGUAAUAGGAACCCCUGGAUACCGCGCACCAGAGGUGACAACAAACAUUUAAAAUACAAACAUAUUCACCUUU